UUCUCAAUCAACUCAAGGUGACGCUCUCCCGCUUGUCUGGUUGCCUUUCCUUUGAACCUCCACACACCACGCCUCUGGUAACUCGGUCGCUCCGACGUUGGCAGUCGACGUUCAAUCUUCCUCCCUUCUUCUCCUCCUUCUGCGUCGCGCAUUCCAGCCGCUUUUUGCGCCUGCAAUACCGCUACGAUUAAUCUAUUGCAUUCCGCUCCACGACGCCAUGAAGAAGUUCGGCUUCGGCAAGAAGGGCAACAGCGGUGACGAAGGUGACGACUCCAACCGCUCUGCCCUCUUCGGCCGCAAGAAAUCAUCUCCAGCACCGCAAUCCGACAACCCCUAUGCCCAGCAAGGCCCCGCAAGCGAUCCCUAUGCCGAUACCGCCAAGUACGCCAACGUAACCCCCUACCAGCAGGCCCGCCAAGGCAUCAGUGGUGGCCCCCGACCUGGCGGCACUCUAGCUGGCCCCCAGUCAUAUGGCGAUGCGCCCCGUGACCCGGACAACUACGGUUCUGCGCCGCAGCCGUCGGGUUAUGGCGCCAACCGCUACGGCUCGGGCGGGGGUUACGGCUCAGAUCGCUACGGAGGCAGCAGCAACGCCGCUCCGACCCCCGGUGCUAGAGGCCCCGGUGGCUACGGUGGUUUCGGGCGGGCCAACGACAACGCGCCCGACGAAAACCGCGAUGCGCUCUUUUCCGGUGCGCAGGAACGCCUCGCCAACAGAGCGGAGCAGCCUCCAGCCGCAUCUGCAACUUCCCCGUCCGGCGCGUAUGGGCAAUCCGGGACCGCUGGGGGUUCGUAUGGCGGAUAUGGCGAGCAGCGAGAGCUGACGGCAGAGGAGCAAGAGGAAGCAGAGUAUCAAGCCAUCCUGACGGAGAAACGACAGGUCCAGCAAGAGAGCGCGUCGUCGGUAUCACGCUCGGUACAAAUGGCCAGACAGGCCAACGAAGUCGGGCAGGCGACGCUUGCCCGGCUCGGUGCUCAAGGCGAGCGACUCCACAACACGGAGAAGAACCUCGAUCUGGCCGCGAAUCAAAACAAGAUUGCCCAGGACAGGGCCGCGGAGCUCAAGACCCUGAACCGAAGCAUGUUUGCCGUCCAUGUCGGCAACCCCUUCACCUCCAAGCAGCGCCAGCAAAAGGCGGAUGACGAGGUCUUGAACCGCCAUCGUACAGAGCGAGAUCAGCGAGAGUCGACGCGUCGUGACGGUUACACCGCCAACCAACGCAUGGAGUCUACGUUCCGCGACAUCAACGCUGCGGGUCGCCCGCGGCAGCAACCUCGUAAGAAAGACUAUGGCAAGUUCAACAUGGACGAUGAGGAGGGGGCCGACGAACUCGAGGAUCAAAUCGAUGACGGCAUCACUGAGCUCGAGGGCCAGGUGUCGAUGAUGAACAUGGUGGGCCGUGCCAUUGGCAAGGAAGUCGAUUCGCAGAACAAGCAGAUCGACAGGAUCAUGACCAAGAGCGACGCGGUAGACGAUGCCACCCGCAUGAACAGGGAGCGUUUGGCUCGUAUCCGGUAGUCUCCGCUGGAACCGGCGCAGGCGCAGGAACCUUGGGCGGGCGUUUUUCUUUGAAUAUGCGGCAUGUUGCAUUGCGAGUAACAUAGAUCUCGCUCCCGUAGGAGUGUUGGUCACAGUGGCAUCCGCCGUUUUUCGGCGCGCAGCCUCGAGGGCUUUGAAGAGAUGGAGUCGGCGUCGAUGCGCUGUUAUAGCCCCUCCAUGUCACCUACGCAUAGCAUGCAUAAUCGAUUCCAAUUGGUAAUAGACUCCAAAGCUGUGAGGGUGCUACUAUUUGCAGGCUCCACACUGGACCAGGACCUUGUCUUCAGAAUGCAUCUCAGGGUGACGAGUGUCUGGGGUCCAUUCCCCUGACUCAAGCUCUCCUAUCAAAGUAGCGAUCGUGUUACCUACAGGCUGUCUGGCACAGAGAUGCCUUGCUCGACAACGACGACUCUCAGAGAGUGCCGAGCGUUGAGUGUUCUCACAUGCCGGGGGCUGUCUGCAAGAUGGCAAAGUAGCGGUAUAACCAAGCCGGAUAUGGGCUUUUAGGGACUUUGAUGCAAUUCCAAAAGCAAUCUCACCUGCGAAAGGCGAGAUUCUGGCUUACGCG